CCUCCGCCGUGCAAGCCGCCGCCUCGCCGCCCGCCCGCCUCGGCCCCAGGCCUUCACGGCCCGCUCCCGCCUCCCACUCCGGCCGCCCCAGCGCCCCGCCAAAUGCAGGCCGCCGCCGCCCUCCCGGAGGAGAUCUGUUGGCUCCUGCAAGAUGCUGAGGAGUUCCUAGCAGAAGGUUUGCGGAAUGAGAACCUCAGUGCUGGUGCAAAGGACCACAGGGACCAUAUUCUACGGGGCUUUCAGCAAGUCAGAACUAGGUACCACUGGGACUUUCAGCUCCAAGGGGGAGACCAAGCUGAAAAUUACCUUGGACAGGACAGCUCUGAUGAUAAUCACAGUGGAACUCAUGGUUCUUUUCUCACAUCGGAUGCACCUUUCUUGUCAGAUUAUCAGGAUGAGGGAAUAGAAGACAUCACAAGAGGUGCUCAAGAGCUUGAUAACAUCAUCAAGCAAGGAUACUUGGAGAAGAAAAGCAAAGAUCAUAGUUUCUUUGGGUCGGAGUGGCAGAAGCGAUGGUGUGUUGUCAGCAGAGGCCUCUUCUACUACUAUGCUAAUGAGAAAAGCAAGCAGCCCAAAGGGACCUUUCUCAUUAAGGGCUACAGUGUGCGGAUGGCCCCCUACCUGCGAAAAGAUUCCAAGAAGGAAUGCUGCUUUGAACUGACCUCCCCGGAUAGGCGCAGCUAUGAGUUUACAGCUACUAAUCCAGCUGAAGCCAGAGACUGGGUGGAUCAAAUAAAUUUCUUGUUAAAGGAUCUGAGCUCCUUAACCAUUCCAUAUGAAGAGGACGACGAGGAGGAGGAAGAAGAAGAAGAAGAGACCUAUGAUGAUAUUGAUGGUUUGGACUCCCCAAAUUCUGGUUCCCAAAGCAGACGCAUUAACUUGCCUUUGAGUAUGGGGCUAAAAGAGCCCACUGAGGAGAAGGAAGACGAUGAUAUUUACGAAAUCUUACCAGAUGACGAGCUUGAGCUAGAAGAGGAUGCGAGUGGCACUGGACAGAAAGGAGUGGACUAUGCCACUUAUUACCAGGGCCUAUGGGAUUGCCACAGUGACCAGCCAGAUGAACUGUCCUUCCAACGGGGUGACCUCAUCCGCAUUCUGAGCAAGGAGUAUAACAUGUACGGCUGGUGGGUAGGAGAACUGAACAGCCUCAUUGGGAUUGUUCCAAAGGAGUAUCUCACCACGGCCUUUGAAGUGGAAGAAUGAUGAAGCCCAGGACACAUACCCUUCUCUCUAUCCUGCCUUUAUGAAGAAACUGAUCAUCAAGAGCUCCCACUCCUUACCCCUGCCACCCCCCCCCAGACUCCUCCCUUCACUGAAGAGACCCUUCAGACCUGAAGUCUCUGACACCUUGCCGUAACUGGAAACCACCAACAAGACAAGUGGGAAGAGGCAUACACGGCAAACCUGUUACUAAACCUGCCUUGUCAUAGCUCACCCCAUCUCCAAACAUGUCCCCAUAUCCACUUCUGCCUUUCCACAGGCUUGUCACAGAGAAGGUGUGAGAGAAGGAAACCUUUGGAGGAGGAGGUUGCUGGUUGUUUCGGCUGGUUUGAAAAGCACAAAUAAACUUCCGAUUUGGUUCCUUGCCAUGUGUGAUGGUGCUGAGUUUCUUUUCGCAAUGGUAUCAAAACACUGGUUCUGAGCAUUCUCGCUGCCUCCAAAGUGGGAAGGGAGAGCCGGAGAGGAAACAGUAGCCCAGAGAGGGAAGGGACUCACAGUUGUCUCUCAAGGCAGAAUCGCCUCUGGAACCCAGGCCUGCUGGCUUCUUCCUUUGGUUGCCUACUUGGUUACUCUUUUCUUAUGUGCUGACUCUCUAAAAUGAGACAGGGCGAGUCCUUGGGGUCAGCACAUUGGAGAGUUCCUUUUCGGGCCUGGGUUACAAGUUAACCACCCCUCUGUGUCCUGGACAAGUCCCAGAGUGGGGCCAAGGAAGUGCUUUGGGGAGGGCUUGCGUAUAUACACAGCCCGGCUUCCUUUUCCUGCUGCCUGUAGAUAGCACUCGGGGUAUCUUUGCCUUGAAGAGGCAGCAAAACGUAAUGGUUAAGAACAUUAACUCUGGAACCAGACAGCCUUGGAAUAAAUCCCAGUUCCCUGUUGACUACAUAUGUUCUCUAAAGCAAGUUACUUGACCUUUCAUGCCUCAAUUUCCUCACCUUAGAAGUGGUCUACACCAUCUCACUGGGUCAUUAGGAAGAUUAAAGGAGUUAACAUUUGUAACUUACUUGGAACAAUGCCUGGCACAUAGUAACUACUCAAUAAGGACUGGCUAUUAUUAUUGCCUGACUCUCUACGUGAGAAAUUUUGAAAGACGGGCAAUUGAGCAGCUAUAGCAAUUUUAUUUCCACAAAUGCCUAUUCAGAGCAGUCCUGGAUCGGCAGUAGCCUUCCUCACCUCUAUAACAACCAUAUCAUAGCCUUGCAGUAAGAGACCCAUUUCACAUCAUCAAAAGAGAGAAGCCAGGGAACAAUCAGGGAUGUUGUCAGUGGAUCCCAAGUUUCACAAAAGAUCCUAUGGCAGUCAUUCAUUUCCAAUUUUAUGACCCAGGAAUAAAAAAAGGAAGUUUUUUGUGUAUGUGAUAGAUAAAGAGGUAAGGAAAGGGAACAAUUUAGGACCGGGAGGAAAAAAAAAGAGAGAGAAAAGGCAGUAGAAAACUGUCUAUAACAUCUCCUCCACUUU